AUGAAGACGGACGUUCCAUCGGACAACAUCGGCCUCGACGGCUACAAGUUCGCAUACGAGCUGAGCGACGGCUCGACGCGAGAGGAGUCCGCCCAGGUCGAGACCCGAGGUGUCGAGGAUGCCGUACUCCGGGUGCGAGGCUCCUACAGCUGGGUUAACCCCGAGGACGGACAGGUGUACACCGUCACUUACUCACUCGCCGAGGAAAACGGAUUCCAGCCCCAAGACGCCCACCUACCCCUACCUUGA